CUGAAUGGUCUGCUCACUGCACAACCUUGCACUUGCGACGUUAUGGGCUAAGCCCUUUGGUUAACGACCCCACUGGAAUCGUCUUAGGUUCCUGACUUGGAGGCUGGACCUGGAAGCUGACAAGGAAGAAUAGACGAAGGCCGGGGAAAGGAAAAAGUGAGAGAGAACACGAGACGAGGAUCUCAUUGGGGCUUUCUUUUACGAAUCCAACCAACAUUCGCUGCUCCUCGCAUGCUUUACCGACCUGCAGUAGAACGUCUUGACCUCUCAGCCUCGUUCUCGCAGCUGAACCAAAUCAUCUCUCGUUCGCUUGCUCUCAACAAUCAUCAUGCUCAGUUAUAGUUGCAUCUGGCUCGGCCUCGCUGCAGUCUCUACAUCUGCUCAGAACAUUCCUCAAGUAGAAGCAAUAGCAACGGCAGUAUACGCCCCAGCCUACUACAUUCCACCAGCCUCUGUCAUCUUCAGACGGGACGAUUCAUGCCCAGCGAACACAUUCCGAUGCUCUGAGGAGCUUGGCGAGAGAUUUAGCGACAUAUGCUGCCAAAACGGCCAAACGUGUGCCGUGGACGCCGACGAUGAACCGGCUUGCUGUCCGUCUGGCGCUGUCUGCACAGGUACAGCUCCAGCCUCAGCCACUGCCGAACCAACCGCUGAAGCAUCCUACGUCCCGAACUCAUAUUUCGCCUUCCCUUAUGCUGCCACGACAUUUUCAAACGAAGCUGCAUGCACCUCAGCCGUUGAUGCUUGCGAAGAAAACUACGAUCAAUGUGUUAAUUUCCUCGGAGAUGGAGGCCAAUAUGGUGUCACUAUAGUUGUACCUGGUGGCGGAGGUACAACAGUUCAGGGUGGUGGACAGGCUCUGGGUUCGUCAUCAGCAACCGCGGUCUGCUCUAGUCUAAGCUCUCGUGCUUGCAGAAACGUUUCCAGUGAUGACUGCUCGGAUUAUGGGAACGAUGCUUCAUCCUCCAACAGACUCGCCUUGUGUUUUAUGGGUUUCGGGGCAGGCAUUGCCAUACUCAACGCCCUGAUUUAGGUGCCAAACAAGCAGAUAUGCAACUUGAUACAACGAUCGCGGGCCUUGCAAGCAUGAUUGCUGGUGCUAGUGUAUCAGGAUUGAUUGAACGCCCUGCUGCCGCUGCCGAGGAAGACAUGUGCUUGCCUCGAUGCUCAAAAGGAUAUUUGCGCUCACCAGAGCGAAUGACUGCAGUUACGACGCAUUUUAUGAAUACCCUAUGUUGAUAGGGCUUGAAACUAUGAAGCGUGCUUAUCACAAUAUAUAUAGGAUCUGAAAUGGGCUUAUACUGAAAGACUUGACGGGCGCUUGAUGUGGAAUGUAUGCGUGUUUUUGGUUUUGUAUAUAGAAUAAUACAGCAACAUUGACUUGACUGACCAUUCAGUCCUGUGUUGGGUUUA